AUGACCAUGGCCAAACCAUUAUCUCAAGCCUUGGAUUCAAUAAGCAAUCCACAAUUGAAGAACUUAACAGACCUUAUCAGAAGACUAGAAAAAGUAAGAUUCAAGAACAAGAAGAUGACUCAAUGGGAAGAACACCACGAAGAACAACAAUUUACCAACCAAGUCAAAGGAGAAGAAAAUGACAGACGAGGAUACUAUGUAAAAUUUGAGAAAACUUGUGUCUCAUCUGGUAAUGUCUUCACAUACCAGCAUAUUACAGAUUCUAAUGAAAUUUUCUUUUAUUGUUUCAAUGGUUCAGGAACUGUAUAUACAGCCAUAGAAACAGAGACUGGGUUGAAAGCUGCUAUUAAGCGGAUUGAUCUAACCCAGCAACCCAGAAAAGAACUUUUCAUCACUGAACUUUUUGUACUACAGAAAAUGAAACAUCCAAACAUAGUGAACUACCUGGAUAGUUAUCUUGUAGGUAAUGAACUCUGGGUUCUUAUAGGAUUAGAGUUUCUUCAUCUGAAUAAUGUGAUUUACAGGGACAUUAAAAGUGAAAACAUUUUAAUUGAAAUGGAUCACAGCAUAAAACUAGCUGACUUUGGAUUAUGUGCUCAGAUAAAUGAACGAACAUCACAGGUUGGCACUUAUCACUGGAUGGCUCCAGAAGUAAUAACAGGGAAACAGUAUGGACCGAAGGUUGACAUUUGGUCACUUGGGAUUAUGGCUAUUGAAAUGAUUGAUGGUAAACCACCUUAUCAACAGGAAAGUCUAGACAUGCAUCCUUUCAUGGAGCUAGCAGACCUCUGACAACUUUACAACUUCUUAUAGUGACA